AUGCGAAUUUGUGUGAUUGGUACUGGGGUGAGUGGUUUGCCUGCCAUAAAAGAGUGUCGCGCUGUCGGCCUCGAUGUGAUAGCCUACGAACGUACCAACGAUAUCGGAGGUUUGUGGAAUUACAGACCUGAAUUAACAGAGGGAGGUACAGUGAUGAAGUCGACGGUGAUGAAUACAUCAAAAGAAAUGUCAGCCUAUUCUGAUUUCCCACCACCUGCUAACUUUUACAAUUUUAUGCAUCAUUCAAAAGUUUUGGAAUAUUUGAAAAACUACGCCAAAGCGAAUGACUUAUACCAAUACAUUCGUUUUAAUACUGCAGUACAGCAGGUAUCACGAAAGGGUAAUUUUUGGGAAGUAAAAACAAGUGAUGGUGAUAGAAAAUUAUUCGAUUAUGUAGUGAUAUGCACUGGACAUCAUAGCAUCCCACAUUAUCCUCAAAUACCUGGAAGUAAAAAAUUCAAAGGACGCAUCCUUCAUUCCCAUGAAUAUCGUGAUUACAAGGGAUUUGAAGAAAAAGACGUUUUUAUUGUUGGAAUUGGUAAUUCGGCCCUUGACAUUGCUGCAGAAUUAUCUGGUAUUUCGAAGUCGGUAACAGUCUCCACCCGACGUGGUUCAUGGAUAUUCAAUCGUGUAAGUCAAGGAGGUAUUCCUAAUGAUUUAAAGAUGAUAACUCGUUUAUAUAACUAUUUGAUGGAUAAAUUGCCAUGGUCAGUUGUUAACGAUUUCAUGGAACAUCGUUUGCAGUUACGAAUGGAUCAUGAUCUAUAUGGACUUCGACCGAAUCAUCGAUUUCUACAACAGCACCCUACUAUCAACGAUGAUUUACCUAAUCUGCUCUGUAGCGGACGGAUUGUUAUUACGGAUGAUAUUGAAUUAAUUCAUGAAAGAAGUAUUCAAGUCAAGGGAGGACGUCAAUUUCCAGCUGAUGUGAUUAUUUUCGCAACUGGUUAUACAUUUGGUUUUCCAUUUCUGUGCCCAGAAUUUAUUAUACCAGUAAAGGAUCAUGAAGUGGAACUGUACAAAUAUGUGUUUCCAUUGAAAUAUCCUUCUUUAGCUGUUAUCGGUCUAAUCCAACCCAUUGGAAGUAUUUUACCAAUAUCUGAAAUGCAAUGUCGAUGGGUUGCUGCUAUAUUUAGUGGUCAAAUUAGAUUACCUCGUCAUGCAGAUAUGUUGGCUGAUAUUAAACUUAAACAAGUCCAAAUCAAGAGAAGGUAUUUCAAAAGUAUGAAACAUACUAUCCAAGUGGAUUACAUCAAAUAUAUGGAUGAAAUUGCUGAAAAAAUAGGUUGUAAGCCUAAUAUAAAGAAGUACAUAUUCACAGAUCCUAGUUUUUGCUUUCGAUUAUUAAUUGGUGCUAAUGCACCAUAUAUUUAUCGACUCGAAGGUCCUGGAUCUUGGGAUAAGGCCAAGCAAACAUUGGUAAACCUUCCGGAACGUGUCAAAGUCCCAUUGAAGAAUAGAGAAUGUUACAUGGAACGAUAUAAAAGACGCGGAAGAAUUGAUGAGUAUUUCCGAUAUGUAUCCAUGAAAUGGCUUGCUGGGUGGACAUGCGUACUACUCGUCACCGGUAUUUGGAUAUUCUGCAUAGGUUCUAGUAAUCUCACUAUACUUGCAUAUACUGCAAAUGUUGCCAUCUUUUUCGUAUUCUUCUCACUCAUUCUAUUAUGGUUUGAUUUACAGUAUGAUAUGUCCACGAUUUUUUAA